GAAAAAAAUGAAAAAUAAAAUACUUAAUGAGAGUUAAUGAACAGUGAGGAACCCCUGUCAGUCAGGCUACCGUGCUUGUUAGAGAGGGCAACACCAUGCAGUGCCAGGCAGAGGUGACAUUUGAUAGUCAGGUUGAAGGUUGUCUUGCUACAUAGCUAAAAUGGAGGGAGAGGACAGGGUGGGGUUGGAGAGUUCCAGCAGAGAUUGAAUUUCAACGGGACAGCAUUCCCAAAAAAUUUCAAGACAGACAACAUGAGGCAGAAAGGGACAGGACUAGAUCGUGGAGGUUCUCUGCAAACAACUGGAAGCACAGUUCGUGUGAAACCUGGUCAGAGAGAUUAGCUGGACAGCCAUUGGACUGAAGGUAGACCAAACAAGCCAAAGAAAGGACUCUGAGCGUAUGACAGACGGACAUAAUGAUGGAUCCAACGGCUGACAGCUUGAUGAGUCACAGGAGAAGAACAAUGUGAUCUUUUCAUCCUGCCAUUAGUCUCCGUCAGCAUCCUUUUUACACUUUACACAGUUUGCUUGUGCAGUGCAGUAGUUCCUCAGCAGAGUGGUUUGUUGUUCCCUGGCCUGGCAUGGACAGCAGUGACCCACAUGAAGACGAAAGAGGAGGCAGAAGGAAAGAGAGCGAUGGGGAGAAAGACAAACAGCUGAAGAACCAGCUCAACAUUGAGGAGAAAGGAGAGAAGGAGAUCAAAGGAAAUGAGAAAGAGAAAAAGAAGGAAAGACGACGUUCUGGGUCUCUUUGGCGGAAUGGAUGGGCGCUGAGUGAAAGACUGGCCAUCAAUGUGUCAGGGAUGCGUUAUGAAACUCAGCUUCGCACCUUAGCCCAAUUCCCUGACUCCUUGCUUGGUGACCCAAGGCGGCGAUCACGGUACUUUGACCCACUUCGAAAUGAGCUCUUCCUAGACCGCAAUCGGGCCUGCUUUGAUGCCAUUCUGUAUUUUUACCAGUCAGGCGGGAGGCUUCGGAGGCCUGCAAACAUACCACUGGACAUCUUUAUGGAUGAGCUGAUGUUCUAUGAGCUGGGAGAGGAGAUCAUGAACCGCUUCAAGGAGGAUGAAGGUUUUCCAAAAGAGGAGGAGGCCCCACUGCCAUCCAACGAAAUUCAGAAAAGACUGUGGAUGCUGUUUGAACAUCCUGAGUCCUCAUCGGGCGCACGUAUCAUAGCCAUCAUCAGUGUUAUGGUCAUUGUGGUGUCCAUUCUCAUCUUCUGCCUGGAGACACUGCCAGACUUCAGGACUGAGAAAGAGACACGAGAGGAAUAUUUUUACAAGUACCACUCCCAGGCAAAGAACGUAUCUGUGAACAUGCCUCUUCCACACAACGUUUUCCACGACCCCUUCUUCCUGGUGGAGACCAUAUGUAUAUGUUGGUUCUCCUUUGAGCUUCUCAUGCGCUUCGCCUGUUCACCCAGCAAGACACGCUUCUUCAAGGAUGUCAUGAACAUCAUCGAUUUUAGUGCCAUCCUGCCAUAUUUUGUCACUCUAGGAACUGAGUUGGCCAAGGACAAUGAUGCUUCCCCAGCCACAUCCUUGGCCAUCAUCAGAGUCAUCAGGUUAGUGAGGGUCUUCAGGAUCUUCAAGUUGUCACGUCACUCUAAGGGCCUUCAGAUCCUUGGCCAGACACUAAGGGCCAGCAUGCGUGAGCUGGGCCUGCUUAUCUUCUUCCUGUUUAUUGGCGUCAUCCUCUUUUCUAGUGCUAUCUACUUUGCUGAGGCUGACCACACCAACACAGCCUUUAUCAGUAUACCACAUGCCUUCUGGUGGGCAGUUGUCACCAUGACCACAGUGGGCUAUGGUGACAUGUACCCAGAGACAGUGUGGGGAAAGCUGGUGGGCUCAAUGUGUGCCAUUGCUGGAGUGCUUACCAUCUCACUGCCAGUGCCUGUUAUAGUAUCCAACUUUAGCUACUUCUACCAUCGGGAGACUGAAUGUGAGGAUCGAACAGAGUACAGCCAUGUACCAACUGGUCUGUGGGAUGGAGAUGAGCCAGAAGGGGAGGAAACAGAGGAAGGGGAUAGGGAUCCAGAGCCAGAUUAUUACGCAAUUGAAGGCAUCUGCAACCCUUUGAAUGGGACUUUGCUGGGUGCACUGUGUACAGGGCAGAGCACAGAGUUUAGAGGAGGAAAUAUGUAUCUGAGGGAACCACUGGUUACUCAAGUGUAAGGAGUGGGAGUGUUAUUUUGUACCAAAGACACAAAAGAGAAACAUAAUGAAGGGGGUGAAAAAGCAGAAUGAAACACAAUGAAUAUGAAUUCUUAGGUCCUGAAACUGAGAGAAACUUUCAAAUUACGAAGUAAAACCUUAAACAUAACACUGAUAUGGCUACUAAAUAUUUUUUUAUUGCCUUUUCUUGUUCAUUUCUAGGUAUGUAUUACAGCACUAGCCAGUCAAAUGUCACUGAAAGGCAACCUUUGUAUAAUAAAGCUAUAAAAAAAAGUGAGAAAAAGACGGUGAGUUUUAUAUUCUCAGGGUCAUGGUAUAAAUAUAAUAUGAGCUGUUAUUUAUUCAUGUUAUCAGCUUGUUAGAGAUGAAAAUGACUUUAUGAAUGUAUGUCCUGUGUCUUGAAACUAUGAUGUCUUAGUACUGUCACAUUGUGGCUUAAUGUUUGAUGUGAACACAGAUAGAUUAUUGGCAAUAAACAGUAGGUGUCAUGUCUCAUCGAAACUCAACCAUACACCAGCAGAGCUGUCGCUGCAGACAGGCGAAGAUCUCUCGUAAACCAACCCCACAUUCUCAACAUUCUUUUCUGAGUAAUGUACAAAGUUCACAUUUGUGUAGAUUGGGCUUAUGUGACCUGUAGCAACUGAUGUGACCUUUAUCAUGCUGUAAUACAACACUAUAGCAUUACUUAAUGACACAGUUGUGUUAAAGAGGAAAUAUUUGAUUGCUAUGGAGAACGUUCUGUAUUUACCUGCCUAAUUAUGCACUCAAGUGUUUUUAAUAAAGAUUAUAU